CAAUUUUGACAAUACAUAUGGUGAAAUAGAAAUUUCUGGGAAUAAAAUUAAUUGCCAAAGAAAUUAAGGAUAGAAAACAACAAAGUUUCCGUUUCUGAUUAAAAAAAAAAAAAAAAAAGUAGUUGGUUUGCUGCUCUGAACUUAAAACUCAACUGGGUGUCCGUACGGAAUGAGAAGCGCUUCUAACUAUAAAAGCCACGGCUCUGCCACCAGCUCCAGAUGGUCAACCAUGGCCAGGAAGCGGACCACAAAGACCACCUUCUUCUUCGUUGUCUUCCUUUUUCUUGUGGCCUUUGGAACCUUUGUUCCUGUUUUCGCUCCACUUCCUUCUCUAUCUCCAAGCUCUCACCGCCACCAUAGUGAUCGUGGCCACAGCAAAGCAAGUAGUAGAAAGUUUGAGAUUGACGAUGACAAGUUCUGGAAAGAUGGCGCGCCUUUCCAGAUCAUUGGGGGCGAAUUGCACUACUUCAGGGUUCUUCCUGAGUAUUGGGAAGAUAGGCUAUUAAGAGCAAAAGCAUUGGGUUUGAACACCAUUCAAACUUAUAUUCCCUGGAAUCUACAUGAACCAACAUCUGGCACUUUUGUUUUCGAUGGUAUUGCAGAUUUAGUAUCAUAUCUUAAACUCUGCCAGAAAAUGGGUUUCCUUGUUAUGCUUCGACCCGGUCCAUAUGUCUGUGGAGAGUGGGAUUUGGGGGGUUUCCCUCCUUGGUUACUUGCCAUAAGGCCAGCUCUCAGAUUAAGAUCUUCAGAUCCUGGUUUCCUGCAAGCGGUUGAAAAAUGGUGGGGAAGACUACUUCCAUUAGUUGCUCCAUAUCUUUAUGGCAAUGGAGGUCCCGUCGUAAUGGUCCAGAUUGAAAAUGAAUUUGGUUCGUAUGGGGAUGACAAAGCGUAUCUUAAUCACCUGGUCAGUUUGGCAAGAUUUCACCUUGGCGAUGAUAUAAUUCUGUACACAACAGAUGGAGGCUCUAGGGAAAAUCUUGAGAAAGGAACAAUUCAUGGAGAUGCUGUCUUUUCAGCUGUUGACUUUACGACUGGUGAUGACCCUUGGCCUAUAUUUAAGAUUCAAAAGGAGUUCAAUGCCCCUGGAAAAUCACCACCACUUUCAGCGGAAUUCUACACAGGUUGGCUUACUCACUGGGGAGAAAAGAUUGCACAGACAGACGCUGAUAUUACAGCAUCUUACCUUAAAAAGAUUUUGGAACGGAAUGGGUCCGCUGUGCUUUAUAUGGCACAUGGUGCAACAAAUUUUGGAUUUUAUAAUGGAGCAAAUACUGGGGCAGAUGAGUCUGAUUACAAGCCCGAUCUCACUUCCUAUGAUUAUGAUGCACCGAUUAAGGAAGCAGGGGAUGUAAACAAUGCAAAAUUCAAAGCAAUUCGGAAGGUUAUAGAGCAAUACAGUGCUAAAUCUCUUCCUCCAAUUCCAUCUGAUAACGAAAAGAAAGAAUAUGGAUCUGUUCGCUUGGUAAAAACAGGGAACUUGCUUGAUAUGCUUUAUCAUUUUGAAAACGUUGAAUCUGAAAAUCCAAUGCCAAUGGAGCCCGUGGGUCAGAUGUUUGGGUUCUUGUUAUAUGCAACUGAAUAUGCUGCCAAAUAUAAUGGUCAUAGAAGCAUUCUCUUUGUACCAAAGGUCCAUGACAGAGCUCAGGUGCUUAUAUCUUGCCCUACUGAACAAAAUAAUAAAAGACCAACUUAUGUUGGUAUAAUUGAAAGACAAUCAAACGGAACACUUGGCCUUCCUAGGUCUAAUUGUGCCUCCAACAUCAGCUUAUUUAUUUUGGUAGAAAAUAUGGGUCGUCUAAAUUAUGGGCCAUACAUAUUCGAUAGCAAGGGUAUUUUAUCUUCUGUUUAUCUGGACCACAAAAUUCUUAAGAGAUGGAAAAUGUACAAGAUUCCUUUCAUCAACCUGAAUGAAGUCCCAAAGUCAAAUCCCAUUAUUCAGGCUGCAUAUUCUGGAAUCAUUAAUAUAUCAGCCCGCAAAGAAUUAAAAGAGAAAUAUGUAAAUAUUUCAAAAGAACCAGCAUUCUAUGCUGGCCAAUUCUACAUUGGCAAAGAUGACCAAGUUAAAGAUACAUUCAUUUCGUUGCGUGGUUGGGGAAAAGGAAUUGUAACUGUUAACAAUUUCAAUAUUGGAAGAUAUUGGCCGUCAGUGGGACCACAGUGCAAUCUUUAUGUCCCUGCUCCAAUCCUUCAGCAUGGAAAAAAUAAUGUGGUCGUAUUUGAAUUAGAAUCCCCAAGCCCUGAACUUGUAGUAAGCUUAGUUGACCACCCAGACUUCACAUGUGGUUCAAAUAAACUAAACUCCAUCUGAUCAAAUAAGAUGAUCUAUCAUCCCUUGCUUCAAAAACACACAGAAUAGAAGGUGUUUGGUUGUUGACCCUGUCCCAGAAAAUGCUGAUCUUCUGAAGACCUUUACAUGUGCAGUUUUCAUGACAGACAAACACUGUGCAAAGUAUCACUCUCCAUAAAGGGAUUAUAUAUAGAUACACACAUAUAUCAAGGAAAAUACUUACAUUUUUCAGUUUGCACAUCUGUAUUGGCAUUGACGAUUUAUAUAAAAGCGAGAAAGCUUAAUUUUCAAAGUUUA